ACUGAAUCAGGCUAUGGAUCAGAGUCAAGUUUACGACGCCAUGGCUCCAUGGUGUCUCUUGUUUCUGGAGCCAGCGGGUACUCUGCGACAUCAACCUCUUCGUUUAAGAAGGGCCAUAGCUUACGGGAGAAGCUUGCAGAAAUGGAAACUUUCAGAGACAUCUUGUGUAGACAAGUUGAUACUUUGCAGAAAUACUUCGAUGCCUGUGCAGAUGCAGUUUCCAAAGAUGAACUCCAGAGGGAUAAAGUGGUAGAAGAUGAUGAAGAUGAUUUCCCUACGGUGCGUUCUGAUGGGGAAUUUUUGCAUAACAGUAACAGCAGUAAGGAAAAAUUGUUUCCACACGUGACACCCAAAGGAAUUAAUGGCAUAGACUUUAAAGGAGAAGCUAUAACUUUCAAGGCAACAACUGCUGGCAUCCUUGCUACACUCUCUCAUUGCAUUGAACUCAUGGUAAAACGUGAAGAAAGCUGGCAAAAAAGACUAGAUAAGGAGACAGAGAAGAGGAGAAGAAUUGAGGAAGCAUACAAAAAUGCUCUGACAGAAUUGAAGAAAAAGUCCCACUUUGGAGGGCCAGACUAUGAGGAGGGUCCUAAUAGUCUGAUUAAUGAAGAAGAAUUCUUUGAUGCUGUUGAAGCUGCUCUCGAUAGACAGGAUAAAAUGGAAGAACAGUCCCAAAGUGAAAAGGUUAGAUUACACUGGCCAACAUCCUUGCCUUCUGGAGAUGCAUAUUCUGCUGUGGGGAAUCACCGAUUUGUCCAAAAGGUGGAAGAGAUGGUAAAAAACCACAUGACAUACUCCUUGCAAGAUGUAGGAGGAGAUGCCAAUUGGCAGCUAGUGGUAGAAGAAGGAGAAAUGAAGGUAUACAGAAGAGAGGUGGAAGAGAAUGGCAUAGUUUUAGAUCCUUUGAAAGCAACCCAUGCUGUUAAAGGGGUAACAGGUCACGAAGUUUGCCACUACUUCUGGAAUGUUGAUGUUCGUAAUGACUGGGAAACAACAAUUGAAAAUUUCCAUGUUGUGGAAAAUUUAGCUGAUAAUGCAAUCAUCAUUUACCAGACACAUAAGAGGGUUUGGCCAGCUUCUCAGAGGGAUGUGCUUUAUUUGUCUGCCAUCAGAAAGAUACCAGCAUUCAGUGAAAAUGACCCAGAGACAUGGAUUGUGUGCAAUUUCUCUGUAGAACAUGACAGUGCUCCUCUGAACAAUCGCUGUGUCCGUGCCAAAAUAAAUAUUGCUAUGAUUUGUCAGACGUUAGUAAGCCCACCAGAGGGGAACAAAGAAAUAAGUAGGGACAACAUCCUAUGCAAGAUUACAUAUGUAGCUAAUGUGAACCCAGGAGGAUGGGCGCCCGCAUCAGUGUUACGGGCAGUAGCAAAACGUGAAUAUCCGAAAUUCUUGAAGCGUUUCACAUCGUACGUGCAAGAGAAGACAGCAGGAAAGCCUAUUUUAUUCUAG